AUGCCAGAGGCGGGAGAUUCCAUGUGGCUGGCUGUGCUUUCCUGCCUGUUUUGGAAAGAAUCGGUCGAAGUCGAUACAUAUUAUGCUGCACUUGAAGGACAACGAUAUGGAAACGUCUCUGAGAAGAUGACAGGGAUGGACUUCUUGGAGUGCAGUUUGUCAUGCCUGAAGCAUAAAGAAUCGCGUCCGUGUCAUGCAUUCAACUUCAGGGAAGCCGAUGGAUCUUGUCAGCUGAUCCGCAAUAACAAAAGCCAUACCCUCAAUGCUGAGGGGUUCCAGGCAUAUGUUCAAUUUCUAUGCCUUACGGACUACCCAAAGAUCCAGAAUGCCGAGGAAGCUUUUCAUGGUUGGAGUGGUGCACAUCCUGUACCACAGGGGGGUCAGGUGGAAUUCAAUUGCUCUCACCCACGAGGAUUCACAGAUGGGCGUAAGGUUCACACGGCCACCUGCGCCUCCAUACGGCCUGAUGAGUGGUGCACCACAUUCGCAAAUAAACGGAAUCUUGUCCUCUGUCCACCUCCACGGUUCACGGACGGAUCAUUCGAACACAAUGCCACCUGCUCCUUCCGGCCUGAUGAUGCGUGGGACAGCUCGUUUCAGGACAAGGAUGUGCGAUGCCCACCGGCUGUUUAUCCUGAGUGCCGAAUGUCGGAGAAGGCGAUGGAGUACAUCGGGACAACCAACGUGACCGAGACAGGGAAGUCAUGCCUCAGGUGGGAUUCCGGGAAUGUGACUUCUUCGUACCAGUCUGCUAAUGCUGGGUUCAAUAAAGUCUUGUUCUUCGAGGAGCACUUCUUAAACCAGGAUCCAUCCUUGCACAAAAACUUCUGCCGAAACCCGACUGCGUUGGCUCGGCCCUGGUGCUUUGUCGACGAUAAUGGCUUGAAAGUGGAGUUUUGCUGGAUUCGUCUCUGCGAUGAUUUCAGUGAGAAAUUCCACCAACAUCGACUGGACUCCGGGAACGCUGGGUUGCGCAUCAACUCUACAAGCGCUCCAGAGUGCAAGUUGAGCCAAAAGGGAGGGGAGUAUGCAGGCCUAAAGGACAAAACCAUCUCUGGCUUCGAUUGCAUUCCCUGGCUUGAUCGAGACAGCGGUGAUGUGGACAGGAUCCGUGAGGCCCGUAAAGGAUCAUUCUCAGAUGAAGUCACUGACAGACACAGUUUCUGUCGGAACCCGAACGGGAACCCGGGAGGUCCUUGGUGCAACAUCAAAGAUCCCCGAAAGCCCAAACUGAAGUGGGAGUAUUGCGAUGUAUCCUUUUGUGAUUUCGGCGUUUCACGAAGAAUCCUAGAGUCUGGAGACCAAUACAAGUCAAAGCGAAAGAAGCCUUGA